AUGAAGUCAUGUGGAGCCACUACGUCAGAGAAUGGCACGUAUUUCGUUAACUCGGGGUAUCCCGCUGUUUUCGACGGAACCGGGUCCUGCGAGCUCACAGUCGUGAAGUCAGAUCCAGAUGUUUGUCAAAUUAGGCUGGACUUCGUGAGGUUCGCCAUUGCUGGUCCUGAUCAAACGAACCACGUCUGCAACCAGGAUCAGUUCAUAGUAUCGGGAGGAAAUCCUGUGCCGGGCAUUUGCGGAGUCAACCAAGGCGGCCAUAUGUACAUUGACGCCGGGGUAGGCACCACGAAUCCUGUUAAAUUGACCUUUGUAACCAGCGGCACAUCAUUCGAAAGACUUUGGAAAGUGAAGGUGACCCAGAUUCCUUGCAGUACCAUUUAUAAAGCGGAAGAAGGAUGCCUCCAAUACUACACAGGUGUGUCUGGUCAGCUCCGCUCUUUCAACUACGACCCUGCGUCCGGCCUCCAGCUCAGCAACCAAGACUACGGGAUCUGCAUACGGAUGGAGAGGAACUUCUGCGGGAUACAGUAUAGUGUGUGCCCUGAUACAGUGAAUAACCGUUCCCGUGCCUUCACCUUGAGCGGUAACAGCAACAAUCCAGUCAACUCCAUGAUUGGAUCUGGAGCUGGUCCCAACAAUUGCGCCAACGACUGGCUGUUGGUCCCAUGUGCCGCCAACGUUGGACGAAUUCAACCAGCCCAGGCCUUAUGUACAGACAGGAUAUGUGGCGGCACCUUCUCUGCCGAUCUCUAUGCAGUCAACCACAGUACGGUGAAACCCUUCAGGCUUUGGUUCCACACUGACAACGUGGAGGCACCUGUUGACAUUGACAACCGCGGCUUUUGUCUCAACUACGUGCAACAACCCUGCACCAACAACGUCAUGUGA